UGGCACCGUUGUGUGGUGUGUGGUCCGGGGAUCGACGGGGAUCGCCGACCCUCACUUUAGAUGUUAUUGUGCCACCGACCUAGGAGCGGUCUGCUCGGACUAUAGCCUCAUAACUCAUGGCAUGGAGUAAUGUGGUUCCUCAGUGUGGAGCUGGGCGAUCCCAUGGUGGAUCAUGAUCAGAAGCAGAUCAGAGGUCUUCUGGACGUUCAGCCCUUUAUUUUUCUAUCCUUUGGUGGCGAUUCGUCUGAGUUAGGGUGUGCACAACUUGGCCAACGAGGCGAUCAUACGUCGGCGUUUACCCCUCCCUGUCUGCUCUCAUUUAGAAAGUAAAACCGAAUGCAUAUGCAUAGACGCCUGGGUGGGAGACGUCACGUCAAAUGUGAACAAUACACCGGAAUCGUUUUCCAAUGCAUAAGCGAAGUAGUGCAGUAGUGUUGACGAGAGAGCAGGGUGACGCCCCGUCACACGGAGGACGGCCGAGCGCAGCACUGCGGAAGUUGCAUUCCAGUGCAAGGCGUUAUUGGGACCUCGGUGAAUACUAUCUUGCUGGAAGCGUUCACUUGCAAUGCACAUGCAAUGCUUUCCACUUGUUUUGCACAAAAGAGAGCAACACAUAGUGGCGUGUUCAUAUUGGGGUUGUGGGAGUUGGGGAGUAGGGGCAAUGCAACAGCGUAUGACCGGCUGCUUGGGCAUUUCCUCGGGGGAACUAGACGCAUCGUUUUGGGUGUUGCUGUGGAUGCUUUUGUUUGAUGAAUGUCAAAUCGGUGUCUGAUGACAAGUCACUGUGAAUACAGUGUAGGAUGAGUGCCGAAUCGACUACGUUAGGUGAACUGUCUGCUGUCACGGCAAUGGUGAUCAACAACAACGCUCGGGAGAGUGGUGCGCGUGGCCAGAAGCAGCGGUGAGGAUGACGGAGUAUAAGCUGGUGGUAGUGGGAGCAGGAGGUGUGGGGAAGAGCGCUCUGACCAUCCAGCUCAUCCAGAACCACUUUGUGGACGAGUACGACCCAACCAUCGAGGACUCGUACCGGAAGCAGGUGGUGAUAGACGGCGAGACGUGUCUGCUUGACAUCCUGGACACGGCUGGCCAGGAGGAGUACAGCGCCAUGCGGGACCAGUACAUGAGGACCGGCGAGGGCUUCCUCUGCGUCUUCGCCAUCAACAACACUAAGUCCUUUGAGGACAUCCACCAAUAUAGGGAACAGAUCAAGCGGGUGAAGGACUCGGACGACGUGCCCAUGGUCCUGGUGGGCAACAAGUGCGACCUGCCGGCCCGCACGGUGGACACCCGGCAGGCCCAGGAGCUGGCCCGCUCCUACGGCAUCCCCUACAUCGAGACCUCGGCCAAGACGCGACAGGGAGUGGAGGACGCCUUUUACACAUUGGUUCGGGAGAUUCGACAGCACAAGCUGAGGAAACUCAACCCGCCCGACGAGAGCGGCCAGGACUGCAUGAGCUGCCGCUGUGUGGUGUCAUGAUGCACUGAAGCUCCCCCCGGGAGUGGCCGGGCGAGGGACAGACGUUCCCGCGCGUGGACGUGGCAGCAUGGACUCCAGAACGGCUAGCUUACACCGCCCUCGUGAAGAAACGUUCUGGGAAAAACCUGAGGAGUAGAAAGGACCCUCACAGAAGCAUACUCACAAACAAAAAAAAGAAAAAGAAAACGAAAGUACACACAUGUAAAAUAUCGACGCCAGAACUGAUUGUACCCAUGAGAACUUUGUACUAUGGAACGGACGAAACUGGUUUGUGUUGGCUGGCAGUUCUAGAACCCCCCCCCCCCCCCCCCCCCCCCCCCUAGCCACAACCCUACGCCCACCACCCGGCCCUGCUUUCUAGUCCAUGUCUGCCCAGGAGCGUUGCCACAACGAACUCCAGCCCACCCCCACCCCCCCCUCCCCCUGUGAUGUCAUGGGCAGCUCCACAGGAUCCUGCUAACUUAUUGUUUUACAGUCUCAACACUGGUGUUUUUGUUUUGGUGGUUCGGAAGAGGAUAUCGGCAACAACACACACACGCACGCACACAAUCACGCACACACACACACACACAUACACACACACACACACACACACACACAAACACACAGACACACAGGUAGAAGCGUCAGGCAAUGGGUCUACUGGACAGGCCUGUGACCGUGAGGGUAGUGCCUCCCUCAGCCAACCUGCCUCACCCCUGACACCCAGACGUCUCUCUCUCUGUGUUGUCCCCCACCCCUGUCUGCCCUGGAAGGGGGUGGGCAGAGUCGGCUCUGAGUUUGGCCAGACACCAGACACUGUGGUCGUCUGACACUCGGUUCAUCCAUAGAAAAACAUAUGACCAUCUGUCUGAUCAUAUGGAUCUGUUUCUUUGUAAAAUGGACCUCCUUCGCAUCGCUUGAGGUUUGGAGAUUAAUUUCAUCAGGACGGCGAAAGAAAAAGGCCUAAUUUCCAGAUUUAUUUUUUAAUUUCCAGAUUUUUAUCAAUUCAUUUUUUCGGUGAGAUAUGCUUUUGAGGUGGAUAUACUGGUUGUCAUAGAUACAGUUUCAAAGUGUAUGGACUUUAAUUCCCGUAAUUAAGAUUCUCCCUUCAAGAUUCACACUGGUCUAGCCAGGUGUGCGCGCUAACGUGUUUGUAGACUAAUUAUCGUAAAGGCUUGUGUGUGUGUGUGUGUGUGUGUGUGUGUGUGUGUGUGUGUGUGUGUGUGUGUGUGUGUGUGUGUGUGUGUGUGUGUGUGUGUGUGCGUGCGUGUGUGUGUGAGAUCUGGUGCAAUAGCAUUGUUUACUGUCCUGAGGUCAAGGGAUCUGGAAUAAACCAUCUCUUCUCCCAUUUAGUUAUUUUUCUCAGUGUGUUUUUUGCUUUGGUUUUGGGUCUUCACUUCCUGCGAGCGUGCAGAGGUACAGGACAUGACAUCACCUGCUGUGACAUAGACUGUUUCCAAACCGUCUGCCUUUCUGAACGACGCCAUGCCAACACGACCGCUCAGACAAAAGACUGUGACUUAAACCAGGAAAGCGACCGUUGUGGUUCCCUCCUGCUUCUCUUCUGUCCCUCCUUCAUCUAGAUGCGUGCACGAUGAGGAAUCUUGUGUCGGACCACAAGGUAAAACCGCACGGGCAUUAGUCGGCUUUUAAGGCUCAGGAAUUCUUUCGGGUCAAGAAAAAAAGUCCCAUUAGUCCUUUUCGUGUGUUUUUGGGGCUGCCCUUAAACCCGAGGGCAGGCCUGUCAUCAGCACUGGGGGGUGGGGAAAACGACCUCUGUUUUAUUUUUUUCUGCCACACACCACAAUACCCUCAAUCUGCUUCUCUCUGUCUGCAACGGCCACCCGGGCUCACCAGAGGAACCGCAAUUCAUUGCUGCAAGAUCUCUUUGGGGAUGGGUGUGAAAUACUGUGUGAUGGAUUUUUUGAUCAUGGGGUGUGCACUGCUUUAUUUUUUAACAUUGACUAACCUGUCCGCCUCCUGGGUUCAUCUGCUCACUGCCUCCAUGUCGGUGGUGGUUCCUUUCUCGUACGGGUUGGUGACUCGGUACCUCACAUAGGUGCGAACCCCGCUCCGGGACUAUAUGGCUGUGUGCUCUGUGUUGUAUCUGUUGGAUUCUGUGUAUGACUGGAAAGGUGGAUAAGUGGGAGACCUGCACUGUACAGUAUAGUAUUAACGUCUAAACAAAGAAAAGAUCUCUACUAAGCCUUCAAUACACCAAUAGAAAGGGGUCAAUAUUUCCUGGGCCAUUCUUUUGUGUUUUGUAGUUUAAAGAGCGAUAGUAUGAGAAUCUCUCAGAGUUGAUCCGAAAUAAAUAUGGGGAAAAGGGGAUUUUUGGUUAAUCACGUGCAACUUCUGACCCGUCGACUUUUUGUUAGGAUUUACAGAUGAAAGCCCUUGUCAUUUUAUGUACUCAUAAUAAUAUAGUUGAAUGCGUCUUGUAGGCUGAGGGGUCGUGGAGGUGUCGUCAAGCAGGAGUCUGUCUCGGUUAGAAUCUGAUUUGUACAGAAAAGAAAAGCUUGUCCCACUACAAAAAAAGACUUUAAAACAAAUCAUCCACUAAUUCUGUACAUCGUGAAGACUGUGAUAAUGUUGUCUUGCUGAGUGUUCUGUGAGGUUUUGUCAGCCGGGAUGUAAAAUGAAAGGUCUCUUGAUGGAUUUCAGUACUGACGGACGAUUCAGCAAACAAAAAAGCCAUGUGUUUAAAUUAAUUUACACAAUCUUAAAAUGAUGGAUUUCUUUCGACAUUCCUAAAUGUAUAGAUUAUGAUUACAUUUUUUAAAGGCCUUUUAAAGUGAGUUCAAAUCGGUUCAACUUUCUCCCCAGAAAAACGAUUUUGUGUUAACAUAGGCCUACUGACAGCCAUGUCAUUUUUACUUGCUUAUCUUUAUAAAGUAGAACAGACACAAAUCUAUGCAUUAAAUUCCCAGUACAUUAGAGAUUUUAUUGUCGUUGUUGCAACCGGAACACCCAGCCAGAAAACCACUGCUAUAUUUGGGCAAGCAUGGCUUAGACUAUAUUAUGGACCAUUUGGGAAUUUGCACAAGGUGGUCUUGAGGGCUUGUUUCUCCCUUGCAAACUGUGGAAAGAGGAAAUGUCAAAGGAAUUUGGGAAACUGUCAACUGUUAACUAUUUAAGAUGUAUUUACUCUUUAACAUUGUGGCAAAUGUAUUGCAGGAAAGAAUUAAAGAUGUCAAAAAAUGAA